GAUGCUUUAGGGAUGACACUCACGGGACAGGUUGCUGUGGUGACUGGUGCGUCGAGGGGAAUCGGUCGUGGAAUAGCGCUGCAGCUUGGCCGAGCUGGAGCUACCGUCUAUGUGACUGGUAGAAAACCAGAACACAGUGAUGCAGCCACCGAAAACUAUCUACCAAAUCUCGAGAAGACUGCUAAAGAAAUAACGGAACGUGGUGGCAAAGGAAUUGCAGUCUAUGUUGACCACUCCAAUAUGGAAGAAGUAAAGCAAUUUUUCGAGAGAAUUGAAAGGGAUCAUAAUGGUCAAUUGGACAUUCUGGUCAACAAUGCAUACUCUGCUGUGAAGGCACUUGUGGAAACGGCAGACAAGAAAUUUUAUGAGUGUCCUCCUGAAAUGUGGGACGAUGUCAACAAUGUAGGACUGAGAAAUCACUACUACUGCUCUGUUUACGCGGCACGAAUGAUGGUAAAGAAUGGUAGUGGUCUCAUCGUCAACAUCAGUUCAGCGGGUGGUCUCAAAUACCUAUUCAACGUACCCUAUGGUGUUGGAAAACAGGCAUUAGAUAGAAUGUCUGCAGAUAUGGCAUUUGAACUGAAGCCAAAGAAUGUCUGCGUAGUGUCGAUUUGGCCAGGUGCAGUUCGUACAGAGCUUAUAACCAAUAUGAUGGAGUCAAGAAAGGAUGAGCGCACCGAUAUGUUCAAAGAUGGCGAGACAACCGAGUAUCCGGGUAAAGCCAUUGUGGCUCUUGCGUCUGAUGAUCGAAGAAUGGAAAAAACUGGACGGGUCCUAAUCACUGCAGAUUUGGGCAGUGAGUACGGUUUUCGAGACACGGACGGUCGUGACCCUCCAAAUCUUCGCAGUCUUUCGUUCCUGCUCACCCAUUCGGGCUACAAACAAGCUGCUCAGUGGGUGCCUUCUUGGGUAAAAGUGCCUGGAUGGCUGCUGUGGGGAUCGGCAAGCAGGCUGUAAGGAUCGUUCUCUGUUAAUAAGUUUCUCAUUCUCUGAAGCAGAUCAGAUUUAUAGUGCCACUGCUUUGAACUGAUGAAGUGUC